AUGAAGUUUCUCACCUCAAAUUUCUUGAAGUGCUCCGUGCAAGAUUGUGACAGAAGCAAUGAUAACUUUCCGCUCAAAUUCGAUGGUGAAAAGUGCCAAUUAGAGCAAGACGAGGGUUUAGAAUUUAACCCAGAGUUUCUGCUUCGAAUCAUUGACAGAGUAGAUUGGCCAGCCAUUGUGAGUGUUGCUUCUGACUUGGGCAACACCACUCUUCCUCCAACAAAGCCAGAGUUUGCCAACGAAGAAUUGUCUGAAGAGGACAUGAUUAUUUUGCGAGACCUGCACACUUUGCUGAUCCAAACGAACAUAGUCGAAGGCCAAAUGAUGUGCCGCAAUUGUGGCCACAUCUACUACAUCAAGAAUAGCAUUCCUAAUCUUUUGCUGCCUCCACAUUUGGCAUGA